UCGCCGACGGACCCGGAAGAGUCGUGAGGUUACCGCUCGAGUGACACCGUAUACGUUAAAAAAGUGAAACAUCGACAUGUUGAGAAGAGCUUCAGCACAGGUGUUCCGGCAGCUGGUUAGAAACAGCACCACCGACUCCAGCCUCAUCCUAGAGAGAUCAAUUAACCGCGUCCAGCUUCUGGGCCGAGUGGGCCAGGAGCCCGUGAUGAGACAAGUGGAGGGCCGCAACCCCGUCACCAUCUUCUCCUUGGCCACCAACGAAAUGUGGAGGUCCGGGGAGGGCGAGGCGAGCCCGUCGGGUGACAUCAGCCAAAAGACAACAUGGCACCGCGUGUCCGUCUUCAAACCCGGUUUGAGGGACGUAGCCUACCAGUAUAUCAAGAAAGGGGCUCGGAUUCUUGUUGAGGGCAAACUGGAUUACGGCGAAUAUGUGGACAAGAACCAAGUGAGACGCCAGGCCACGACCAUCAUCGCAGACAACAUCAUCUUCCUGAGCGACAAUGUUCGUGACAGAACCUGAAGGCCUGGCCUUUCAACACACUUUUUCCUUUUUCUACUUUCUUGAGUUUAUACCGAAAAGGAUGCGGACGCCACGGUGACAGACUGUUUUCAUGUGACAUAAUAUGAAGCCACGCAAAAGGCUUGUUGGACUAUGGCGCAUCAUACUGGUGAGGAAGGUCAUCUCGUCAGUUCUCCAAGAGACUCAUACAGCUCUCGUAUUGGUUUUGGAGUGUAGUUUUGUGCAAAACAUCACAAGGAUGCCCCCCGCCAAGUUAAUGGUUAAUCGUGAGAAAUCGUUUCCUCGUUAAAUGCAAUGUAAAACAACAAUUAAUCCAUCCUGCUUUGUUAAAAGUGGUGUGCUUUAGGCUUAAAGCUAAGCCUCAGUGACGCAUUUGAAGCACACAUUUGCAUUGUUUCAUCUCUUAGUCAUUUCCAAGUUUUCACUCUCUGGUGUGCAGUUGUUGUGUGCUUUGCUUUUCCUGUCUGCUGGUUUCACUGUUUGCUAUGAAAGACAUUUGGACAAAGUCAACAUCAUUUGAGUUUGCCUUUCUCCCACAGUGUCUCCCAUAUUCACUACCACAGAACUAAAGUAGACAAGUGUAAAAAAAAGAAUUAAAACGUGA